GAUUCGCGAUGGCGGCUAGCGGGGCGGACAUGGAGAUCAAAUCUGAUGACAUCAUAGUGGCAGAGGAGGAACCGUCGGUGGAUAUUAUGUUCAAGAAGGUGGGGCCGGAUGUGAGAGCAAUGGCAAGAGACGAGGAGCAGGGAGAGGGAGGAAACCCGCUGCUUAGAGCUGCCAGUCUACUUGCUGUGUCUAACACCUACGGCUUGGUAGUCUUCGCCGACAGCCAUGGGUUUUAUGCUGGGAAAACACAGGUGAUCUUGCAAGCAUCUCAGGCUUUGAGGGAGAGCACAGAUGCUGCUGCUUGUCCAGGUGUUUUAGCGGAUGAGGCUAUUGUGCGAGUUGGUUUGCCCGGCAUCCGCAUUCUUAAACUGUCUUGUGACGACCUCACGUUGGCAGUUUGCACACGGGAGAAACUCCACUUCUAUGACAUGCAUGAUCUUGUGGAGGAGAAAAAGACCAACCCGUUUGGAUCGCGAAUGGUUUCUUCACAAGGUACAUGGAUAAGGGAGUUCAGUUGGUCUCCCACUGCUGCUGAUCAGUACAUCAUGGUGCUUUCGUCAAGAAAGCUGACUACCGGCAGGGUAGGUGCAGAUGGAUUGCUCGGAGAAAGAGAAAACGUAAUUUCAGCGUCAUGGAGCCCUGAUGGGAAGAGCAUUUGCAGAUCAUCGCCGGAUGGUAUUAUGUCAAUCUCCUCAUUGGACCUUUCAAAGGGGCAUUCAAUCAAGCUUCCAAUGACGUUGCCCGAGGACGUGGAGGACUGCAAAAGGAGUGUCGACUCUUUGAGGUGGGUGCGAGACGACAGUAUCCUAGUUGGAUAUGUGGAAGAUCGCGAGGAUGAGGGGGAAGUCGAUUAUCCGCUUUUGCUGCUUCAUUCUCCUUCUGGUCUAGCAAAGGGUGUAAAUGAUAUCAAGUAUUAUCAGAUGUAUGGUCUGUGCCCGACAAUUGAGCCAAAUGCAACUGAGCCGGAAACUGGUCCAUACCUCCUUGCAGAAUAUUUGGAUGCUUGAUUAGAUGAGCACGGACGCUCUACAUCAACGAUCAGAGAGACAACUCCAUCGAUUCCAUCAAAGCAAAGAGCAGCUGCUCCAGCAGAGCCAUCAGACAUGGGGGCAAAAGCACCAAUUAGUCGGGUCCCCGAUGAAGGGAGGAAACCAGGGAUUGCACUGAAAGAUGUGGUGUCUGUGCCAGUUGUCGGCUCAUCUACUCAAGCAGUGCCUGACAGCGCAGCAGCCUCUUCGAUCGCUCUGCCUGCAGGCAUUAGCUCUCCUGCAGGAUUGCCUUCCCAAGGAUCUGUGACAGCAAGUUCACUUCCUCCUGCUCCGGCGAAGAAAGGCCUGUCGUUGACGCCAGCAGGCGCACCAUCCACGGCGACUGCAUCCCUCCCAGCAGCCACUGUUUCUAAAAGUACCACAGCUCAAAAGUCACUGUUCAGCCUUAAGGAUUCUGGAGCAAGCUCUUCCUUUGGCGGCCCUAGUGCUGCCAAGGCACCUUCCGUUUUCACUCCAACUACUAGCUCGCUGUCUAACUUUGGCUCCCAGUUUGGCAGCUUUGUAAAGCCCAUCCCAAGCUCUGGGCAGCCACUGUUUGAGGCUAUAACGCAGAAGCUGCCACCUUCACAGCACGAUGCAUCCGCUUCCCAGUCCACUGGAUUGAGCACUGUGUCAACGACGGAUGCUACUUCAAGGCGUAUUAUUGCCGGGUCAAGCGACGAUGAUACAGUGGACUCGGGAAGUGGAAGUGUGACAGAGGAUGAGCAGGAACAGGGUCCAGGCGGGGUGGCGGGUGGCCGUGAGGUGGCGGCAUAUGCAUCAUCUCUUAUGUCACCUGUUAUGACAGGUUUGGCAAGUGUUCAGCCAAGUGGGCAGACUGCAAAGGCCGCCCUCCAAAGCCAGGUUCAUGCCAGCAAUCCAUUUGCGGUGAGAGCUGGUGCAUCGGCGUUUAGCCUACCUGAGAGGCCUGGCACUGCCGAAGGUCUCACCUUGAAGAAUGCCCCUCCCAUUCAAUCCAAUCCAAAAGCAAGUCUUCCUGGAUCUGGUAUGGCGGCCGCUUCUGCAUCAUCAGGGCCUGUUAUGCGCCCUGGAAUGACUCCAAGUGUCGUGAAGACGCCUGGAUUUGGCGUUACAUCGACAUCAACCUUUUCGCUGUCGUCCAAGCCUGGUGGGAGCAGCUCAAUGGCAUGGGGUCAGUCCCCGUCGGUCGCUGCUGGUAAGCAACAACAAGGAAGGGCAGUGGGUUCAGCAAUGCCAUUGGGUCCAGCUGCGCCGUCACUUCGUGGAACAGGUCAUUCAUCACAAGCUCAGGUGCUCUCACUGAAGUCUCAGAGACGAACUGCAGUGCCUCCACCCAUCGAGCAAGAGUUUUUGCCAGAUUUGGACAAGGUACGACAAAUGAGCGAAGACCUUGACCGCCUCAUCGGCAGUAUUGAGAAAAGACCGGGGACCACUUCCUCGGUGUCCAAGCGCAUCUUCAUAGGGGAUGAUGUGGUGGAUGUGGAAGAGCAACUAGCAACGUUUUCACAGGACUUGAAGAAGCUGAAGGAAAUGUCCGAGGAGAUGUGGCUUGAUCUUGGUGAUCUUCAAGACCGUACUAUGCAGGUUAGAGCGUGGAAGGUCCAUCUCCAGAGCCUUUUGGAGCAGAAUCUUGAUGAGCGGCAUGGUCUUCUGUGGGAUGCCCAGAGAUUAGAUCCAUCAAUGGAAGCACAGCGGAAAUCGGUUAUGAAGAAGUAUGAGACUGUAAAAGAACAGCUGGGAGAUCUACAUAAUCAUCUUCAAGUGCUUGAGUUGAAGUACCGCCAAACUCAGCAGAUGCUAAAUCGUCCUGGGCAUGGGAGGCAAGGAAGGCAAAAGGCUGCAGGAGCAGCAUUGUCAAUGCAAUCGCUGCCGUCCGCGCAGUCUCUUUACAGUACAGUGAAUUCUUAUCUGGGAAUCGCAGAAGGCCUUGCCAACCGUCUUUCUGUGCAGAUGGAUCAACUGGGCUUGAAGCAGUCGCCAUCAACUCCAGUUAGGAGGGCGUCUGCGCAAGCUGUUCUCCAAGCAAUCGGUGCAUCUCCAGAAAAAACAUCUCCAUCAUUGUCAUCAGUAUCAACAUCAGAGCGCUCCUCGUCACCGAUGAGGAGAGGGUGCCGUUUCCCACGGGCGCAGAUCUCUCGAGCGGGCGGGGCUGUCAUUGGGCGAGCCUCUGCGAUCAUGGCAGAUGAUGAUGAGCUUGAAGAAUCCUGCAGUGAGGCUGGAGAAACUCUCUCACAGGUGUCAUCGGUUAUGGAAACUCCUCAGACUGCAAGUCGCCGACGUGAACAGGUUAGAGAGGUGUUGCAUGCAUGGCAGUCUGUCAGAACACCCAUGACAACAAUUAAGAGGGGUGUAAGAACAUCCUCUUCGGAGUGGGGCUCUGUGAUUGGCUGGUCAGCACGAGCGAAUAACUCGGUGGGUACAGGAUCGUCACCGCCAAAGGACCCAGUUCGGCCACGGGCCAUAUCACAGGUGUCUAAACCUCCAGGAGCUACAGCAUCUGUCCCAGCUCAGCAGCCUCAGUCUUCUCAAAGAUCUCAGCAGCAACCUCAGGGGAUGUUCAAUCGCCCAUCGCAAACGUCGGGAGGUGCUGCUGGUAAUCUCCCAGCAGCAACCGUGCUUUCCAACACAGGACAUCUGCUACCGAAUGUUCCCCCACCCGACCCUCAACUUGUCGGCCUUGCCAUGUCAAUGCCUGUCCCGUCCGUCAAGCCUGGGACAGCAGCAUACUCUCUUGCGGCAACACCUGUACCGGCAUUUUCCGGCUUAUCUUUCAGUUCGGCGAGUAGUUUUGGGAGACCUGGCGGCUUCGCUGGACCUCUGACUGGUGGGGCGCAAGGAACUCAAGGUUUUGGCACAACACCCAUGCUUAAUCAAGCCAGAGGAAACCUCCUGCAGCAAUCUGGCAGGCAGCAGCAGCAGCAAAGGGGAGCUAUUUUACAGAUGCCGGCUGCCGUGCCGACUGGUCAGCAGCCUGACGGAGGACCAAAUGCUGUCGUGAAGGAAGCAGGGAAGGUGGAUGUACCGGCAUUGACAACAGGAUUUGUGAAGGUUGUCCGACCAGAAAAUCAGCUUCCACCAACUCUGUUUUCAAAGGAAUCACCCUUCCGCCAGUUAAAUGGCUUGCCGCCGGGGGGUGUAAAGGGGACAGCAGCAUCGCAAUCAUCACUGACCGCUGCGGUGGCAACACAACCCGAAGGAUUAACCGGAUUGUUUUCAAAAGGUACGGCAGCAAAACGCAUGUCAGAAGCUGGGCUUGCGGCAUCAUCAUCAAAGUCGUUGGCUGGUGUGGCUGCUGAGGCGAGGUCCGCAAGCGGUGGACUGCUGAGGUCUGUGGUUGAGCAGGCGCAACCGGCUGUAGCAGUGACCGGUAGUAAUCAGGUAGGAAAUCGAGCGAAGCCGUUAUUGUCCGAUACAGUCGGACUUUCAAUUGCGAAGCAGGAGGUAUCGCAGCAGCGGGCAGCAGGAAGGCAGCAAAUGUUUCGACCACCUGGUGCAGCUACUCAGGGGUUUUCUUUGGGGGAGCAGCAGAGAGCAGCUGGAAAUGAGAGUGCCUCUGCAGAUGGAGGUGGUUUGGCUGGCCGGCGUGAAGCGGCUGCUAAUGGGAAAUCAGGACCAAGUGGUGCCGGCAAAGGUAUUGAAACGUCAACCAGAGCAGACCAAAGGGAAUCAUCAGGCGCAGAGGAGGGAUUUGGUGGGACAAAGCAGCAGAGUUCUCUGGCAACUCCUGGACGGUCAACAUCGUCACCCCUUCCGGAAUCAGUUAAGGGCAGCAAGGCUCCUAUCGUAUCAAUGUCAGGGGUUGCAGCCUCCUCGUCAAGUUCAGUUUCACAAUCCCUUGCAGCUAAUGACAUAUCAGGUCUGACUACAGCUCCCUCAUCUGUCUCCGCUCUCCCAUCUGACAAGCCAACAGCAUUACCUGCAGUACCCCCGCCACUGCCAUCGUCACCACCACCACAAGCACUGCAGCCACCACCGCUGCCUCCAUCUUCGUCGGCAGCACCACCGCUAGCGUCAUCACAACGGUCUGCAGUAUCGUUAUCAUCAUCGCUACCGGUAUCAUCUUUGUCAUCAUUGCCGUCAUCGACAGGACCAUCGGUGCCAUCGUCAUCGUCGUCGUCCUCAUCGUUAUCAACUGGAGCUUCGACGCCAUCGUCAUCGUCAUCAUUGUUAACUGCUGCCUCCACGUCGUCGUCGGCAUCAGCAUCGUCAACAUUGUUUGCAGCUUCCACUACGGCGACAAAUCUGUUCAGUGCACCUCGGCCAGCUCUGCCAUCUGCGCAGCCUCAGCCUAGUGUUCAGCUGGAAGAGGAUCAGCCAAUGGAAGAAAUAGUCAAUACCUUUGUGGACCUCGGGGGAUUGAGUUUUGGUGCAUUGCAGACAUCGCUGCAGCAGGGCGAGAAAGAGGGUAAGAGUCUUUUCGGUGGCAAAAUGGAGGGGUCCGGUUUGUCACAAGGGAUGCAGAACAUCCUCAGCACACUACCUGCUGGCGAGAUAUUUAAACCGCCUGCAUUUUCUCUUCCGCAAGCAGAGCCUAAGACAGGCUCUGCUACUACCAGUAGCAGCAGUGCAUCCGCAUUCUGGACCGCCAAUUCAACAUCCACAUUAGGAUCGAAUGCCUUUGGAAAUCAACCUGCAGGGCAAGGCCCACAGUCAUCGGCUUUUGCAUCUGCUGCUGGGGGGGGUAUGCAGCCAGGAUUCGGGGUUCCUGCACAACCAGCAGCCCCCGUUCCGCUCAAUAGUGGUAGCGGUGGUGCGGCUGCUGUUGUUGGGAAGGCUCUUGGAACAUUUGGACAGACCAGGACCCUGGGAGCAUCGGCUGGGCUUCCAGGCUUUGGAGCACCCAGUGCGGCAGUUGCGGGGUUUGCAGCUUCUCCUACUGGUGGUGGUUUUGCCUCAGCGGCAACAGGCGGUGGUUUCGCCUCAGCAGCAACAGGUGGUGGUUUUGCGUCAGCAGCAACAGGUGGUGGUUUUGCAUCAGCAGCAACAGGUGGUGGUUUUGCGUCAGCGGCAACAGGUGGUGGAUUUGCUGCUGCAGCGGGCGCGGGCGGUGGAUUUGCUGCGGCGGCAACAGGAGGCGGCGGAUUUGGGGCAGCUGCAACAGGUGGUGGUGGAUUUGCUGGUUUAGCUGCCGGCAGCGGGGGAUUUGGUGGAGCUGCUGGCGGUGGUGGUGGGUUUGCAGGGUUUGCUGCAAGAGGUGCGGGUGGUUUUGGAAGUGCGCCGCUCCCUGCAUCGAGAUCGCCAGUGGAUUCAAAGCUCUUCACGGAAAUGAGGCGAUAAAGUUGUACCAGGUUGAGCGAACUGUUUGGCUAUAGCCAGAAUUUGAAAUAACAAGGUGAGAAGGUUGAGACUCGAGAGGACGAAUUGCUCUGCUGCGGAGAGGCUGAAGUGCCGCAAAGGCGGCGGCUUGUCAUUGACUGAAUGAAAAUUGCUCGUGGCUGGCUCACAUACCUUCCUCUUUUUUGUUCUUUUCGGCAACAUCGCGUACAGAAGGUUAGUGCUUUGGAAACCAAUGUAAAUAGGCAAUGGUCUUGAGAACUACUGACGUCAACUUUCACUCUGGAGAGCUGUGUGUGGAUUGCAGCUUUUACCCCCCAUACGUACAUAUGUGUGCCCCUGAUCAGUCGACAUCAGCCAAGGGUUGGGGAACAGUUAGGGAAGUGAGGGUGCAAGAGAAGAGAUGGGGGACCGCAUGGGAAAGAGGGGUGGGCGAGGGUGUGUGCUAUGAAGGGUAUAGACGAUGUAGCAGGAGUCUGUGGAAUAGAGGAGAGGAGAUUCAUAGCAGGUGCUACCCUGCAUUUGGCUAUAAAUGUGAUUGUGUAACUGCACGGUGUUGCUUUAGUUUACGCGUAUUGUCAGGUUAUCGAUUUUUUUACGGAUGUCAAUAGAUUUCGAUUUGAAUUGUGAAGGGGAGUGCACCUGAGGUUCUUUUUUUUUGUGGUGUAAUUGAAAGUUGGUUCAAUCAUGGGAGAAAGCAGAGAAGAGUUGAGCAUGUGCAGGCACGUUCUGUACAGCUACAGCGAGAAAUCGGAGCAUUUAAAAAAAGAAAAGGAAAAAAACUUAGAAAAGCAAAUAAAUUGGACGAGGAAUACGAGAACAUCGUCUGCGAACUACAAAGAAGAUUACGCAUCCCGAGCUAGCCCAGCACGUACAGUGCCGUACACCCAUCGACUGUUUGCAGACAGACCUGAAUUUGAAUCCAGAUGCAAGGAUGGAUGCAUUCCAUUGAUUCCAACCGCAAAGAAGAGUGCGUACAGAUACUCACAUCUGGAUUCAAACUCAGGUCUGUAUCUGUACGCACUGUGGAUCCAAGUUCGCCUUGUCCAGUUGACUCUUAUCAUACAGACCUGAGUUUGAAUCCAGAUGCGAGUAUGGAAUCUAUCGAUGGUAUUCGAUAAUAUGGUACCAUGGCUAUAUAUCAUAUUGCCGUAACAUGUGGUUGGAUGAUUGAUGUGCUUUUGUUUGUCAGGCAAACUUGUCCAAAUUCUCUUCUGCAAGUCUCAUUUUCCGAAGCAUUUGAUACAGACCUGUGUUUGAACCCAGAUGCAAGUAUGCCAGUAUGGUAAGUAAACAUGUGCAAGUACG